GUGACGGAAGGGGGAGCCGCGUCUCCAUUUCGCGCUGUGUGCCAGCUCUGGAGAAGAGAGGGAUAGACACAGGAGGGGAGGGAGGAAAGCAGAGUCUGAGCCCAAACAAAAGCAGGACACCGAGCUGUGUGCAACUUCCCUGGCCCGGUACGGACCCCACCCUCCCCGCGGAGCCGCCGUGCCUGGAUACUGUAGCUUCUCUUCUUGCCUGGGACGGAUUCCUGGCGCCCUGGGAUUAACAGGAGGGAGCCACAACAAAGGCAGGAGAGAGAAGAACAAUAAGAGUUCCCUGUGCGCUGCAAAACACAGGGCGCUGCAGAGCUGGGCUCGCUCUUGGAAAUGGACGAUCAGCCCAGGUUGAUGCACAGCCACCCCGGGGUGGGGAUGGCAGGACACCCCAGUCUGUCCCAGCACAUGCAGGAUGGAACAGGGGCCAACGAAGGGGAUGUGGGCAGAAAGCAGGACAUUGGGGAUAUAUUACAGCAGAUCAUGACCAUCACUGACCAGAGUCUGGACGAGGCACAGGCCAGAAAACACGCCUUGAAUUGCCACAGAAUGAAGCCUGCUCUAUUCAAUGUCUUAUGUGAAAUUAAAGAGAAGACAGUUCUCAGUAUUCGGGGAGCACAAGAAGAGGAACCAUCAGACCCCCAGCUGAUGCGAUUAGAUAACAUGCUGCUGGCAGAGGGUGUUGCAGGCCCAGAAAAGGGAGGAGGGUCAGCGGCGGCUGCAGCCGCAGCAGCAGCAUCAGGUGGAGCUGGAGCCGACAACUCAACUGAACAUUCAGACUACAGAGCAAAGCUAUCCCAAAUAAGACAAAUCUAUCACACAGAGCUGGAGAAAUAUGAACAGGCUUGCAAUGAGUUCACCACUCACGUAAUGAAUCUUCUCAGAGAGCAGAGCAGAACCCGACCCAUUUCCCCGAAAGAGAUUGAACGUAUGGUGUCAAUUAUCCACAGGAAAUUUAGCUCUAUACAAAUGCAACUGAAACAGAGCACAUGUGAAGCUGUCAUGAUCCUGCGCUCCCGCUUCUUGGAUGCACGGCGAAAAAGAAGAAAUUUCAACAAGCAAGCAACAGAAAUUUUGAACGAGUAUUUCUAUUCCCACCUCAGCAACCCAUACCCUAGCGAGGAGGCCAAAGAGGAACUAGCCAAGAAGUGCGCCAUCACAGUGUCACAGGUAUCAAACUGGUUUGGAAAUAAGCGAAUCCGCUAUAAGAAGAACAUAGGUAAAUUUCAAGAGGAAGCCAAUAUUUAUGCUGCCAAAACAGCCGUGAAUGCUACCAAUGUGUCCGUUCACGGAAGUCAAGCCAAUUCGCCCUCAACUCCCAGUUCUGCUGGAAGCAAACAGACGGAGCGUGGGGCAGUUCAACCACAAAACAAAAUGCAGUUCCUGUCACCGCAGAACCUCGGUUCUUCCAGUUCUUUUAACAUGCCAAACUCUGGAGAUUUGUUCAUGAGCGUGCAGUCUCUCAAUGGGGAUUCUUAUCAAGGUGCUCAGGUUGGAGCCAACGUACAGUCACAGGUGGAUACCCUUCGCCAUGUUAUCAGUCAGACAGGCGGAUACAGUGAGACUCUGACAGCGAAUCAGAUGUACAGUCCGCAGGGCAUCAGUGCUAAUGGGGGGUGGCAGGAUGCAGCUACCCCCUCUUCUGUGACUUCCCCAACAGAAGGACCCGGCAGUGUCCACUCUGAUACCUCUAACUGAGUUGCAGGCUCCUACAUCAUCAUUUUCAAAAGCCAGAUUCCAUCCCUUCCCUCUCACUCCAGAUGGCCACUGUGGGAAUGCAGAAAACAGCAACCUCAUCUGACAUGCCCAUCAGCACUCCCUUCACUGUCAAUCAUGAUCUUCUUCUGUCUCCAUGCCUUGCUCAGUUUGCGUUAAUGAAUGAUACAGAAGUACUGACACCACUUUUUGAAUCACGUGAAAAGAAACGAAGAGCAAGAGGAAAUUGGACAUGGGUAGGGAGCAGGAGCCAUGUGGUGAUUUAAAAUUGGCUGCACAUUUGCACGAAAUCAGCCAUCUUUAAAUAAACUGCAGAACUUGAUUUCCAUACAAAGAAACACAGACUGUAUGUUCAUCCUUGGAAAAGUAUUUUUUUACUUGAGUCUGGCAUACCGCUACUCCACAGACCACCUAAGCCUACACAGGAGCAUCCUAUUAGAUUAAAGCAUUUCAUGAAAAAUCUGCCUUCUGUUUAUUUUUGAAAAACCUCUUUUUUUUUUUUUUUUUUGAUCUGUUCAUAUAUGUCAGUUCAUUACUAGAUGGAGCCUUGAACUCUGCACCAUGUGUGUCCUGGGGUCACUCUUGAAUGUUUAACCUCUUCAUCUCUUAAAGUCUUACCUACAGCACCAGUCAUGUAGUGGCCGCUGGUAAUAACAGUGAGGAAUAAGGCCUACAUUUUGCUACAUAGAUAGGAUGCACUGACCACCACUUGGAGGUAAUUCACUGGCAAAAACUACAUGUGUGUGUGUGAUGGGGUUGAAGAGUGCUUACUUUAGAGGUUUCCUGCUUUAAUACUAUUGGCAGCUGGUCCAGUUGUGGAUGAAGAUGCUACUGAGCUCCCUGCUAAGACAUCAAUCAAGCAGACCUUGUUACAUCUCUUCCACUGUUCUCUGCCUCCCAGGUCCUAGUCUCUGUUCCACUGUAUCUGCUGCCCUUCGACAGGUUUUAUUUUUCCCAUGAGCUUCCUCCGUCGAUGAUUAUCUCCUUUCUCUGGACAUUGCUUUUUCUCAGCAUAUUUCUAAUUAUGAAAAUGAGGCCAAAGCCCCAUUAGUUCUAUUCAAUAAUUAUUCCAUGUUUUUUGUUACUUUACAUAUAUUUUGACGAAGAACCCAUCAUUAUCCAGAAAUUUCUAGGCCUCUCACCCAACCCUGAAACUUUUGCCUGUUGUAUAGUUAUUAUGCUGUGCCUAGACAUGGUUCUUAAUACACACUUUCCUUCCCUCUGUUUCAUUUUCGAAACAUCACUCUGCACAGAACUUGAGGUACAUUCUGCUGUGACAUUGAUGCCUAUACAUGGCUUUAUUCCUCCAUUUUACCACUUCUGCCAAGGAACUGACCCCAUGGACAUCACUCUGUGCCACCCUCCAGAAUAUUCUUCACUAGUUCAACAUUAUUUUGACCUUGGUAAAUCGUUCUGGCUGGCAGCUUUUAAAGGCACCCACAAGGUUUAUCAGAAAUCCACGUUUGAUACCAAAAAUCUGCACAUACUCACACAGAGGAAAAACGGACACAGAGGGAAGUGUUCAGCUUUAUUAACAUUCACAUAACUUGUGUAUCAUUGAUUGUUAUAUUUGGGAUAAACAUUUGAUGCUGGAUGUUCUUGUAUAUUCUGAAGAAAAAAAAAAGAAUUGACAAAAAAAUGGAAAAAAAAAAGAAGGAAAAAAUUUCAAAAGCCAAAAAAUCUUAUUGGGUUUAAUAAUGUUUAUUACGUUUAAAAAAUUGCCCCCCCCCCCCAAAAAAAAGAAAAAAAAAUUAAGUUGCAGAGAUCACACCCAUUUAGCAUGGAAAUAGGUUGCUGAUUUCUAAUUUUUGUCUUUCAUAUUUCUUGCUUAAUUUUAACACCUACACUCACGCACACACACUAGAACAAAACUACCUACAUGUGAUUUUAUUUUAUUCCUUUAACACCACGCGUUUGUGAGUUAACACAAUGCUAGAGAAAUGUAGUUGGGCACCUUUUACUUUUGUUUAAUUUUUAUUUUCUAUAGGGUGGGAAAGGGGACGGGCACAGGGUUUGGGAUGGAUUUGGGGGAAAGGGUGGGGCAGUUUCCAGGUUUGACCCCUUUACAAGCAGAGGAGUCUACAAUAUAUACUGUAUAUUCACCUCUCCUAGUAGGGGGGGUUACUAAAGCAGGCUUAAAUUCUGCUAGCUGAAUUCAUUUUGUAAACUGAAUUUAAAACAUUUUAAAAAGUAUGAAAAAAUGUUGGAAAAAGUUGGAAUAGUCAAACAAUUAUAGGUACAUCAUAAAAUGUACAUUUAAUAACUUUUCUGAGAACGAGAAAUAAAAUCUUUUUUUUCCUGUU